CGAGCCCGCGGCAGCAGAUGAACCUGCAAUAAUCGCCGCUGCCGCCACCGACGCGACGCACACAGACCGGUCCGCGCAGUGUCUCGCAGUUGUACUUGUGCGCUUUUUGUGUGUCGAUCACGUGCGGGUUUCACAUUAACGUUUUUUUUUUUCACUUCGUAUUUUUGUUAUCGCUUUUACGCAAUAAUACUGCCCGCACCGCAGUGUACAGACAAUAUCGGCACCUAUUUUGUAGAUGCUCGUCGUUCGUGUAUAAUUAUACAUAAAGUUUUCAGUGACUUCGCGCUUGUCCGACUUAGUGGAUAUUAAAAUUAAUUUUUUUAUGGUCGUUGAAAUGCUGUUAGUAAUCUUAAAUCGCGCACCGUUGUCGUCUCCAUCACCGGUCACGGCAUCGACGAUUUAAACCGAGAGGAAAGUCGUUCACUGCUGUGUCCUCGUCACCAAACAUUUUUACCAGCCGGCUCGACCUACAAAUGACUUAUUGUUGAUCGACCAUCAGGGAAACCUCGAGCUUAAACAAAAAAUGUUUUUGGAAAACGAACACCAGCCAAUUAUUAGCCAUUCGCAGUACGACCUCGCACGUCCGCUUGAACACCAUCACCAUCAUCAUCACCUCAACCAUCACGCCACCUCCAAUCAUCUCCAAUCGAGCACCGAUCACCUGCAAGACGACUCGGAAGGUCGAAGCUCGGCCAGCUCUCCGACGUCCAGCUAUCGCGACCUAUCCGGGUGCGAAGAUUUUGACCUGAAAAUCCCGAAACCGUCUGGACCUGGGUCUGGCACCGGUGGUAAUAACAAUAACAACAGCCACAACAACAACAAUAACAACAACAACAAAGAACAGAAACCGAAAAAGCACAAGUGCAAACACUGCGGACUGGAGUGCACGGAAAAGGUGCAAUACUGGAAGCACAUUCGCACGCACAUUAAACCUGAACAAUUGUUGGAGUGCCCAAACUGCGAGUUCGCUACUGACUUGAAGCACCAUUACGAAUACCACCUGCUGAACCACACGGGUGCCAAGCCGUUCACGUGCCCAGACUGCGACUACAAGUGCGUGAGCAAGUCGAUGCUCCAAUCGCACCUCAAAUCGCACUCGAACGUAUUUCAGUUUCAGUGUUACGACUGUGGAUACGCGUCCAAAUACAUGCAUAGCCUCAAGCAGCACCUGAAGAAGCGCGACCACCGACCGGCCACUCCGCUCAACCCGGACGGUACUCCGAACCCGGACAUCGUCAUCGACGUGGUGGGCAACCGGCGGGGUCCUCGACAGAACAAGAAACAGAACCGACACAACCCGUAUCAACAACAACACCAGCAACAGCCACCGCAGUCUAUGACCGUGUGUUCGUCGCAGGACGAUGGCGGCAGCAGCAGUGGCGGACACCCGUCACCGUACUCUAUGCAACAGCUGUUGCAAAUGCCCUCGUCCGGAUGCGCUCAGGUCUCGUACCCGACCUCGGCCGAGUCGUUCAUGUACUCGAUGAUCACCAAGCGGUCUAUGGAGAUGGUCGACUACCAGGCCGCCGAGUACAUGGCCAUUAAGAACAACAACAAUAACAAUAACUCUUCGUCGGUCGACGACAAGAUGGACAUACAACAGCACCACCACCACCAUCACCAACAACAGCAACAUAACCACAAUCACCAUCAUAAACGCGGGCACCAAUACCAUCCGGAUGAUGUGGUCAGUGCGGAAUUGGCCGGAGGCAGCGGUAGCGGCGGCGAUCGGACGCCCGAGCCACAACAGGCACCCGCGCUAACGGUUGUCGAUCUAUCGCCCCCACCCGCCUUGAUUGUUGAGUCGGGACCGUUAAACUUGAGCAAAGACUCGGUGGCGCCUCGCGCCGCGGGUAGCAGCCGGCGCAAGGGGAUCGCGUGCAAACUCGAGCGGCCGGCAGCCGAAUCUCAGCCCAAGUCGAUGCCGGUGCCAGUGGUGAUGGUUCCGACACCACCGGUGGUUCCGAUGGAUUGCUGCAAAAGUGAUUCCCGGGGAACAGCGGAGAAUAUUUCGCCGCCGAUAAAGGAAGAGUUUUACCAACACUACCAUCAGCAGCAGCAGCAGCAGCAACUACAGACGUCGUCGUCUUCCACGCCCGAAAAAGAAGACAAGGAAGACGAGACGCACGUGUGCCACCACUGUGACAUAAUAUUCAAGGAGAACAUCAUGUACUCGAUGCACAUGGGAUUCCACAGCUUCCGGGAUCCAUUCGCGUGCAACCUGUGUGGUGAGAUAACGGCUGACAAGUUUUCGUUUUUCGCUCACAUAGCACGCGUGCCGCACAGUUAGACUGUAACGAGGAGGUGCACCGCCCCGCCACUGCAGUCACAAUAAGAAAUAAUAAUUAUAAUAGAGUACAAAUUUUAAAACAAUUAACCCUUUAGGUAUGUAAGAUAGGAUUUAUCUUAAGAAAAAUGAAAACAGAUUAAAAAUAUAAAGUAUUAUUACACACCUCUUUCUUUUUAAUAACUAUAAUCUCUUUUAAAUGCGCAGUUGCACAGGACUUACGUUUUGUACAAAUGAAAAUAUUUUUUGGCAUAAAGCUAAAAAAGAUUUUCAUUUGUACAUCGAUCGGUGUCAAUGUGUUCACGUGUUGUUGACCGGUUCCGGUUCUUAAAUGUUGAUAAUUUUUCAACUUUUAAGAGUCAGCUACCUCGUCUUCAAAUCGUGAUUGUGCAUUUAUUACUGAAUUGGUUGUAGACCGCGCGGACGUAUAUCGUUUUAAAUAAUAAUAAUUGUUUAAUUGUUUAUCGUUUUAAAUAUUUUUUUUCGUCAAAUGGAUUUCUUGAAAAUAAAAUUUGAAUCAUUUUUUUAAUUUUUAAUUUUGAAAAAUCCAUUUGUCGACUUGAAAAUAUUUAACUCGCGUUUUUAUUGUUAAAUACAAAUUAUUAGUAAUUUAAAUACAUUUUAAUUAUCCUUAAAAUUAACUUUUUAACAUUUUAAACUAUAGAAUAACAAUGAUGACGAAUAUUGAAUUUUUUACGUUUAAUUACCGUAAUACCUCAUCUUCCCAAUUAUUUUUAUUGUUUAAUCUAGUCGUCCCCUAUUUCUACUCGUAUACUAUAGUUAGUAUCGUGUAUAUUUAUGCACUUAUGAUAGAUACUAUUUAAAAUUUAAAAUUAAAAAAAAACUUAUUGGUUUUUGUUUGUUGUGAUAAGGUUGUUUUAUGACGAAAUAUCGUCAAAUUAUAUAAGUAAAUUUAAUUUAACUGAUCUGCCGAGUAGGCAAUUUUUUUUUUAGUUUUUUAAAUUGUAAAUGUUUAAAGUAAAAAGUUAUGAAUUUUAUUGUUGGUGCUUGAAUGUCUUGUAUAAAUAAAAUAUCAAUCACGGCAUUAAUGGAA